GCUAUAUCUUUGAUGGAUGUAUAGGUCCUAAUUGGAUAUUUCUUGAAAUAUAGGAGAGGUAUAAAGAGGCGGUAUUAGAUGCAAGUAAUUGGAAGAAAUAAAUUGAAAGUUUUAGGGGAAAGAACAAGAAUUAUUGAUGCGGAGGAGUAAAAAGAAGACGUGAGAGUAAUUUCAGAGGAUUAAUUAAAAUAGCACUGCAGAAAUAAGUCUCUUGUGUUUCUUUAAGAUUAGAUUGAAAAUUGGAUCAGAAAUUAGAGGAAAACUGAUUAGGAUAUUUUUGUAAAUGUAUUUUUAAUUACAAUAAGAAAGUAUUAGGAAAAAAUCAAUCCAGCUAGUGAAAGAUGAAGUGGUAUUAGAAUUGGUAGACCCCAUCCUUUCGCAAUAUAGCAUUAUUUGGUAAGUGAAAUUAAGGACAAUAUUUAAGAAUUAUCAGGAAUAAAAAUGGAUUCUAUUUAUAAAAGGGGAAAUGGAGAGGAUUUAUUAAUCAUCAAGGAUUUCAAUGAUAGAC